AUGACUGAUCAAGACAUUCAUCCAAAUAAAUUCAGCGAACUGCGAAGUAUCCAUAAACACUACAUUGAUUCGUAUAUUGCGUUGUAUCAGCUGAAAACUGAAAAAGAAGAAGAAUUAAACUCAAUUUACAAAAUGAUCAAAACAGAAUUGAUUGAUUCAAAGGUAUGUCUUCCCAAAAGUCUAAUUAAAGAUAUUUUAAAUAUCAUUCCGUAUAAUAAUCGCUAUAAAAGGUCAUAUUUAUUUCUUGCCAAACUCAUAUGUGAUGAAUAUCACGUGGAGGAAGUCAACCAUCUCAUGAAAAUUUCAAACUUCUUGUUUUACAAAGAAUAUGGAAUUAAAUUAGACAAAUCCAAAGAUUUCAGAGAAAUUAACUCAGAAAAUCUCGACAUUCAUACAGAAAAUACAGUUUACAGAGCAAUUUUGUAUAAUGACUUAGAAAAAUUCAUCUUCUUUACGGAGAGAGAAGAAUUUGAUAAAGAUCAAACACUUAAAAGCAGUUUAUAUCCAAGUGAAAUAGUAAGAUAUUUAUUAAUAUCUUCAUACAAAGGAUAUUCAUUACUUGAAUUAUGUUGUUACCACGGAGCAGUUGAUUGUUUCAAAUUAUUAAGAACGAAAUUUAACUCAGAAAUAACUUAUAAAUGUUUAAAGUUAUCAUUUUUAGGCAGAAAUCAAGAGAUUCUGAGCGAAUGCUUGAAAUAUCAAAAGCCAGAUUAUUAUUGCAUGGAAUGCAUGGAAUAUGCAAUUAUUUCACACAACAUUGAUUUUGUUACAUUCUUGAUGAAUGAAUACAGUAUUCCAAUUGAUUUAGAAGGUUGUGGAAGAUAUAAUAAUCUUGAAUCAUUUUUAGUUUAUUUCGAUCGAACUAAUGAUUUUAACGAAUGCUUUAAUUUUUCGACGAUGUUUAAUAUUCCAUCUCUUUGCGAAUAUUUCCUAUCAAAUGGUGCAAAUAUCAAUGAAAAAGAUAUAAAUGGACUAACCGCACUUCAUUUUGCAGCACGUUAUAAUAGCAAUGAAACAGCUGAACUUCUUAUUUCACAUGGUAUAAAUAUCAAUGAAAAAGAUAAAGAUGGAAAAACUGCUCUUCAUAAUUCAGCAGAAAAUAAUAGUAAAGAAACAGCCGAACUUCUUAUUUCACAUGGUAUAAAUAUCAAUGAAAAAAAUUAUAGAAAAGAAACUGCUCUUCAUGCUGCAGCACGCUGUAAUAGUAUAAAAACCGCCGAACUUCUUAUUUCACAUGGUAUAAAUAUCAAUGAAAAAAAUAAAUAUGGAAAAACCGCUCUUCAUUAUGCAGCAGAUAAUUAUAGUAAAGAAAUCGCAGAAGUUCUUAUUUCACAUGGUAUAAAUAUCAAUGAAAAGGACAAUGAUGGAAAAACCGCACUUCAUUAUGCAGCAGAAAAAAAUAGUAAAGAAACAGCUGAACUUCUUAUUUCACAUGGUAUAAAUAUCAAUGAAAAAGAUAAUUUUGGACAAACCGCUCUUCAUAAUUCAGCAGAAAAUAAUAGUAAAGAAACAGCCGAACUUCUUAUUUCACAUGGUAUAAAUAUCAAUGAAAAAGAUGAAGGUGAAAAACCCGCUCUUCAUAUUGCAGUAUUAAAUAAUAGUAAAGAAAUCGUCGAACUUCUUAUUUCACAUGGUGCAAAAAUAUAA